AUGACACACAGCUCCGUACGGUCUGGGCCUGGUGAUAUAGACAACAUCCGGGCGUCGACGCCUGUGGUAGCUCCGCCCCAAACAGGCAAGGACUACAAAGGCUUUGUGGGCGGGAUAUUCUCAGGCAUUGCGAAAUUGAGUGUUCGCCUUCAGACCAGCAAAGAUGGGCACUUUCGUGGACCGCUUGAUUGUACGAUGCAGACAAUACGGAAAGAAGGCGUCCGAGGGUUAUACAAAGGCGCAAGUCCGCCGCUGGUCGGAUGGAUGAUAAUGGACUCUGUUAUGCUAGGCUCGUUGACACUAUAUCGGCAACUUCUUCAGGAGAAUGUCUUCUCUAAACCUCAUCUCCGCACCUACAUCCCUUUUACAAACUUUCAGCCCGACUUGAAAACACUCCCCUCAGUUGGUCAUGGAAUUGCCGGAAUUAUGGCUGGAGUUACCGUCAGCUUCAUCGCUGCCCCGGUUGAGCAUAUCAAAGCACGCCUUCAGGUGCAAUAUGCCGCAAAAAAGAACAAGCGAAUGUACAGCGGCCCCAUAGAUUGCCUUCGCAAAAUUCUUCGCACUCAUGGCGUCAGCGGUGUGUAUCGCGGAUUAUAUGCUACCAUGUUUUUUCGCUCUUUUUUCUUCUUCUGGUGGGGCUCAUAUGACAUGCUCACUCGCUACAUGAAAAGUAAUACAAAUCUUUCAGCGCCAGCAAUCAACUUUUGGGCUGGAGGAAUCUCGGCUCAGAUGUUCUGGAUCACUUCUUACCCGUCGGACUUGGUAAAGCAGCGCUUGAUGACCGACCCAAUGGGAGGAUCUCUCAACGAUGGUCAAAGACAGUUUCAAAGUUGGAAAGAUGCGGCCAGGGCUGUUUACCGUGAACGUGGAUUCAAAGGCUACUGGCGGGGCUUUGUACCCUGUUUCCUGAGGGCGUUCCCAGCGAACGCAAUGGCCUUGGUCGCUUUUGAGGGAGUUAUGCGAGCUUUAUAG